AUUAUUUGCUUCCAGCUCCUCUUUUAUGCUGUUUCGUCGGCAACAAAGGGUUAAAGCAGCGACCACGAGAGCGAGAAGCGGGACAAGAAGGAAAGUGUGUUGUGAGAAAUGGCCUCAACUGCUUGCUUCCUUCACCAUAUUGCACCCUCUGCCAGAGGCAGGGUCCAGUCCUCUAGGGCACCAACCAAGCCGGCUUUGGUGAUCUGCAGGGCAGAGAAGAGCUCGGCGGAGGAGGAGCAGAAUUCUGGCCUUUCUCGCCGGCUGGCACUCACUUUGCUCGUUGGUGCUGCUGCUGUUGGUACCAAGGUCUCCCCUGCUGAUGCUGCGUAUGGAGAAGCUGCUAACGUCUUCGGGAAACCAAAAGCAAACACGGACUUCUUGCCAUACAAUGGGGAUGGGUUCAAGCUUCUUAUCCCCUCAAAGUGGAACCCCAGCAGAGAGGUGGAGUACCCUGGACAGGUCCUUAGAUUUGAAGACAACUUUGACUCCAACAGCAAUGUCACAGUGAUGGUCACCCCCACAGACAAGAAGAGCAUAGCCGAUUAUGUCCCCGAGGAGUUUCUUUCGAAGGUUGACUAUCUUCUUGGGAGACAGGCCUACUCCGGGAAGACUGCUUCUGAGGGUGGAUUUGAUAAGGAUGCGGUUGCAACUGCAAAUAUCUUAGAGUCAGCGACUCCAGUUGUUGGCGGGAAGCAGUAUUACUCUCUGUCUGUGUUGACGCGAACAGCAGAUGGUGAUGAAGGCGGCAAGCACCAACUCAUCAAUGCUGUUGUUUCUGAUGGUAAGCUCUACAUAUGCAAGGCCCAAGCCGGUGAUAAGAGGUGGUUCAAGGGUGCUAGGAGGUUCGUUGAGAGCACGGCUUCCUCCUUCAGCCUUGCUUGAGGAUCCAACAAGUUGUUACCUGUGUUUGUAUAUGUGAUGCUUAUCAACAGAUUUCUCUUUUAUGAUCUCUUAUGAGAUGCCAAGUAAACAUGGAUUGGACAUA